AUGUCGAACGCCGCCGAGAAGGACAUUGCGGACAAACCGGACGGCGACGGCCAUAAAAAGUUCCAAAGGAUAUCGCUGGGAUGCCUCACCGUCAAGAAUCCCGUCCGGCGGCUGUGCAUCAAGAUCGUCACGUGGAAGUGGUUUGACCGCGCGAUUGUGUUUUGCGUCGUGUUCAACACUGUGAUCCUGGGCCUGACCGACUACACGGACGCGUGGGUCGAAGGGCCCAACAUGACGAUCUGGAUCAACUGGUUCAUCGACAAAUGCAACAGCGUCAGCUUUUGGAUCUUUCUCGCCGAAGCCACGGUCAAAAUCGUCGCGAUGGGGUUUUGCUUUGGCGAGCGCGCCUACUUUAGCGACGGCUGGAACCGCCUCGACCUCGUCAUCGUCGCGUCCGGGGUGCUAGCCAUGCUCAACUUCAAAGGGGUCAAAGUCGGGUACAUUCGAGUGUUGCGCGUGAUGCGACCGCUGCGGACGUUGCAUUCGCUGCCUGGUGCCCGUCGUUGUUGGUCAUGGCUAGCGCGCCCACCACCGUUUUUUGCUGUAGGUCUCAAGGUCCUCACGAACUCGCUCCUGGCGAGUUUGCCAGCACUCGCCAACGUAUUUGUGCUGCUCAUGUUUUGCACGUUGGUGUUUGCCAUCCUGGGCAUGGAAAUGUACCGCGGGACAUUUCAUUAUCGGUGCCGGGCGACGCCGUUUCCCGUCGCAUUGCCCCCGAACGGCACGUUCAACUACCCACCGAAUGCGUCGUACAUUUCGACGGUGCAAGCCGCGCCCGACCUGUUUCCGUGCAUGAUGGGAAGUGCGCCGAUUUCCCAAAACAUGUCGGUGUGGCCCGAGCCGCAAGACUGCUUUUGGCCGUCGGAUCCUGGGGAAAGAACCCCCAAGCUGUGCAAUCCAAACAGUGCUGUGGGUCGCCAAUGCGUCGCCGGCUUUGUGUGCGGCUCCAACUACGACAGCGAAGGAAACCCUCGCUUCAAGUACAUGGAGCUCGCGCCGUGGAACCAAAGCAGCGGCGACGAUGCGCUAUUCCAUUCGAAUUUGAACUUUGGGUUCACGAGCUUCGACAACCUCGGGCGGUCGGCCAUUAUCAUCCUCCAGACGCUGACCGCGUCCGGGUGGAUGGUGCUGACCCAGACGACCCAGUCGACGGGGAGCCCCGUCGUGGGCGGCAUCUUCUUUACCGUGCUCAUGUAUGUCGGCAUGUGCUUCCUCUUGCAGCUCAACAUGGCCGUCCUGUUUUCCGAGUUCGAGAAGGCCAAGGAGCAGCAAGCCAAGCUCCAGCUCAAAGAAAUGCAGCGAAAGUCGGUUCUGCUGGCAUCCCUGCCGCCCGAGCGCGCCAAGCCGAGACCUGUCCACGUCGCCGCGGCCCGGGCGCCGUCGUCGCGGCUCAGCAUUGCCGUCCAGUCGUCGUGGAGGCGGCACGUCUCUGCAGUCCGCACUCGAAUGAGCACACUCGUCAAGUCCAAGCCGUUCAUCAACUUUGGCUUGGUCGUGACCGUGCUCAACAUUGUCAUUCUUGCGCUCGACCACCACGACAUUGACAUUGAGGCGAAAACGAUCUACGAAAUGAUCAACUUUACCUUUAUGGUGUACUUUGGUGUGGAGUCGAUGGUCAAAAUGAUCGGCCUCGGGUUUCGCCACUUUUGGAUCGACAAAUUCAACCGGUUCGACGUGCUCACGUUUGUGCUGGGUGUGGUCGAAGUGAUUGUACACCCUCCGACAUUCAUCGACGGCACGCCGGGGGGCGGCGGCAUCUUUACCGCGUUCCGCGCCGCCCGGGCGUUCAAGCUCGCGCGCAUGUGGAAGUCCCUCAACCAGCUCUUGACUGCGAUCUUGACGUCGUUUGGCGAGAUCCUCAACUUUCUCCUGUUCCUCGUUCUGUUUCUCUUGAUCUUUAGCCUCGUCGGCAUGGAGCUGUUUGCGACCAAGUACCAGUUUGACCCCAACAACUUUGCCAUGCCGUACAACAACUCGAACCCACAGGCGCGGCUCCACCGGUCCAACUUUGACUCGAUUCAGUGGGCGUUUUUCACGGUGUUUCAAAUCCUCACGUACGAUAACUUUCCUGCCGUCAUGUACGAUGGAUGGAUUGCGGUCGGCACAAUCACGCCGCUCUACUUUGCGCUUGUCAUUAUCCUUGGCGUGUUGAUCGUGAUGAACAUGUUUUCUGCGAUCUUGGUGCAAAGCGUCAUGGUGGACAAGGACGAUGAUGACGACGCGAUCGACGACGUUGUCGGCGCCGCGAUCGAGUGUUCGACAGGGAACGAUGGCACCACGGCAGCCGCCAACGGCCUCGACACGUCGGGCGGCCACGGAACCGAACACGAUGCGAGUGUGCCCGUCGUCCACAAGGCGAACACCAAGCCCGACAGACGCGGCACGGUGACUCCGCAACGCCUACGCAUGACCAAGCGCGCGAUGCAGCAGUUGAUGCGCAUGAUCAACUCGUCGGCGCCGCCCGCCGAGUCGUCCAACGGCGGCGGCGUGCUUGCGGACGACAACACGGGAACCGUUCAAGUGAAUCCAGGCAAAAGUCUUUACAUCUUUUCGCCAUCCAACCCGAUUCGACGCAUGUGCACGUUGGCUCUCCGGCGGCGCGAGUACACAUGGGUGAUGAGCACCAUCAUCUUUGUGUCGUGCGUGGGGACAGCGCUCGAUUCGCCCCUGCAAGACUCGACGACGGGCCUUGGCCUCGUCCUGGACACGUCCAACUUGGUCUUUGCCGUGUUGUUUUCCAUCGAAAUGGCACUCAACGUGAUCGCGCGGGGUCUGCUGUUUGGCCCGGACGCGUUUGUAAAGGACUCGUGGCGGCUCCUCGACGGCUUCAUCGUGUUCGUGUCAGUGUUGCCAUUCUGUCUGGGCAACGCGAAGGGAGGCGCGCUGUCUGGUCUCCGGUCGCUCCGCGCGUUUCGAGCGCUGCGGCCGCUGCGCGUGAUCAACAAGCUGCCGUCGUUGAAGAUCGUGGUCAACACACUGUUUCGAUGCAUCCCGGACAUGGGUCGCGCGCUGCUGUUUGCGUUCUUCAUGCUGUUUCUGUUUGGCCUCAUGUCGCUGGCUCUGUUCAAGGGUGCGCUCAACACGUGCUCCGUGAGUCCGUACAACUACGGCCUCGGCACGGGCGUCCCCGUGAAUCCUCCGUGGUUUCCGACAGAUUACACGGGCGAUUUCAACAUCGGCAACAUGACGCUUCUGGAGGAACUGGACGUGAUGACGUUCCCAAGGCCAUGGGCAGCGAUGACGGACUCGCAGCGGGACGCGUUGCGUCCAGUGUGGAAUACAUCCCGCACCUGCGGUCCGUUCGCGGACGACUACCCGCCGACGUCGCGGGACAUGUGCCUGUGCUUUGCCGAACAAAAUGGCACAUCGUGGGACCCACUGGCGCCGCAGCGCUUUGACAACAUUCUGCGCGCCGUCGGAGGGCUGUACGAGCUCACGACGAUGGAAGGGUGGACGGCCGUCGCGAUUGCGUGCAUCGACGCGGUCGACGAAAACAUGCAGCCGAUCGCCAACCACAACCCGGCCAUGAUGCUGUACUGGUGGCUCUACAUCAUCAUUUGCGCGUUCUUCAUCACCAACUUGUUUAUCGGUGUGCUGUGCGACAGCUUCCAGCGCGAAAGCUACGGGUCCAUGGUCACGGACGAGCAGGUGCGAUGGAUCAAGCUCCAGAAGAAGGUGCUCGCGAUGUCGCCGCUCCGGUCGUUUCCGCGCCCGACCAACGCCGUCCGCGCCAUUUGCCACCGCAUUGCCACGUUGGCGUACUUUGAGCACUUCAUCACGCUCGUGAUCUUGACCAACACGGGGUGCAUGGCCGUCCAGGGCUUUGGCCAGUCCAAGGCGACCGAGCUAACGUUCAACCUGCUCAACUUGGUCUUCUCCGUCGUGUUUACGUUGGAAGCAGCGGUCAAACUUACGUGCUACGCGACAGUGUACUUUGAAGACGGAUGGAACCGCUUUGACUUUGUCAUUGUCGUGUUCACGCUGCUGAGCAUGAUGCUUCAAGCGGUCAACAUCAACGUCGGGUCGGCCGCGACCGUCAUCCGCGUCUUCCGCGUCGGCCGCGCACUACGUCUGAUCAAGAAGGCCAAGAUCAUGAAGAACCUGUUCGACACACUCAUCGUGUCGCUGCCGGCCGUCGGAAACGUCGUCAGUUUGCUCAUGCUGCUCUACUACAUCUUUGCCGCCGUCGCGGUCCAGUUGUUUGCCAAAACGGCGUUCGACGGGGACAUGAUCAACGAAGACCAGAACUUUCAGAGCUUUUGGACGGCGUUCCAGACCUUGAUUGGGUUCUCGACGGGCGAAAACUGGGACAACUUUACGUGGGAAGUGUACAAUCAAGUGCCAGCGACCAACCCGUCGUGCGAAGACCGAUCGUACGACCCGACCAUGUGCGGCUUUAACGACGUGCCGGGAUGCGUGCCGCUUGACGGGUGCGGAAGCAUGCUCAUCCUGCCGUUCAUGUACUUUUUCUUCCUCAUCAUGGGGUACGUCGGCAUCAACUUGUUUUCCGGGAUCGUGGUCGACGCGAUCGGGGACUCGUCGAGCAAUUGCCCCGUCAAUGUCAACACGCUCGCCGAGUUCUCGGACCGGUGGGCGCAGUUUGAUCCGUCUGGCACGGGGCUCAUCACGGCAGAGGAGCUGACCGACUUUUUGUACACCGUGUACCCGCCGUUCGGGUUCAAGGGCGUGCCGGGGUUCACGCGUCGGCGGGUUGUCAUUGCGAUCGGGGAGCUGGACAUUGCCAUCUACGACAAGAAGUUCGUGCACUUUAAAGAUGUUCCUCGCGCGCUGGUCCAGCGGGUGCUGGCGGAGGGAGACAAGGCCAAAUACGCCGAGAUUACCGAAGUGAUGGAAAAGCUCGGGAUUAACCGCCAAUUCGACGAAAUGUGGUUCCGAAACCACGGCAAGCGGCAUCAGAACACGCUGACCAAGCGGCAUAAAGCACACGUGAAGGAGUACUCAGCGUCCGUUGUGAUUCAGCGAUUCCUGCAGCGCGUCCGUUUGGAAAGAGCCCGACGCGAAGGCGGGUCGGCGCGGAACCUGUUGAAACGGUCGAGUGACAGUCGGGCGUCGAAUGAUGGGGCCCACACGGAUCAACCGCUGCCGCAUCCUCAUGACAAGGCCAUAGACGAGAUGAACGUCACGUCCUUCGGUAGUCAAGCGUAUGUCGGAGACCCGAGCAGCACAGCCUACGUCACCACCUUCAUGACCGCGACCGCCUUGAUCGACGAUCUCCAGCACGCAGUCGACGGUUUUGCGUAG